GGUGCUGAACGCUGAGCACACAGUCAGUGCGAAUAAGAAAGCCCUGCAGCCUGUAGAGCUCCUCAAACCUGCUGGAGUAAAGAGCUCAGAAGGAGGAUUUCAAACGAGACACCAGGCACGAGACAGAGUUAUUAAUCGAAGUCGGAGAACGUCUGGAAUUCUUGGAGGCGGAAGAAGCUUGAUCAGUCUUCAUCUCUAAUUCAGUGAUCCCCAUCUGUGAUCUACAACCACCACCAAAACCACCACCUUCAUCACCACCACCACUCUCCCCGCCAUGUCCAGACUGCUCUCUCUCGCCCUGCUGCUAUUGGCCACUCAUCUGUCCUCCAGUCUCUUCCUUCCCGACUCGCCUGAGCUUCGGCAGCUGCUGAGUCGCUACGAAGACGAUCUGGAGGCCAAUCGCACGGCCUCGGCGUCAGGCUCGCGUGUACGCCGCGCCAUACCGUGGUCAGAUCGGGAGGAGAUCCUUCUUCUGCACAACAAACUGAGAGGUGCCGUCUAUCCAACCGCCUCUAACAUGGAGUACAUGAUAUGGGAUGACGAACUGGAGCGUUCUGCUACACACUGGGCUGAACAGUGUCAAUGGGACCACGGACCCCAUGACCUGCUUAUGUCUAUUGGACAGAAUCUGGCAGUGCACUGGGGCAGGUACCGUUCCCCUGCGUAUCACGUCCAAGCCUGGUAUGAUGAGGUGAAGGACUACACGUACCCGUACCCACAUGAGUGCAACCCCUGGUGCCCCGAACGCUGCUCUGGACCCAUGUGUACUCACUACACACAGAUUGUCUGGGCCACCACCAACCGCGUGGGUUGUGCUGUCCACGUGUGUCCAAGCAUGAACGUGUGGGGGGAGACGUGGGAGAACGCCGUCUACCUCGUAUGCAACUACUCGCCAAAGGGAAACUGGAUCGGCGAGGCGCCCUACCAGCACGGACGUCCAUGUUCUCAGUGUCCUCCCAGCUACGGUGGAGUCUGCAAAGACAACCUGUGCUACAAGGGAACUCCUCAACGCCCUGAGACUCCAGACAUGAAUGAGGUGGAGAAGCCUCAGGUUCCUGUGCAGGUGGAGAUCCCUCAAUCCAGACCUGCUUCCAGGACCAAACCCAAACCUUCUACACCCAAAAAGCCCACGCCGCCUAAGACCACUCGCACCAACUUCCUGACUCAAAACAUCAAGUGCGAGACGAAGAUGAGGGACAAGUGCAAAGGCGCAACCUGUAACAGGUACAACUGCCCCGCGAACUGCUUAUACAGCAACGCUAAAGUGUGGGGCACGCUGUACUACGACGUGCAAUCCAGUAUUUGCCGUGCUGCCAUCCAUUACGGGGUCAUCGAUAAUAACGGAGGCCUGGUGGAGGUCGCAAGGAAAGACAGUUUCCCGUUCUUCGUUAAAGCCACGAAGAACGGCGUCGAGUCUUUCAGUAAAUAUAAAACCGCCAACGCAUUCCUUGUAGCAAAAGUGGAAAUAAAAUCGGUCGACUGCUACACCACGGUGGCCGAAAUUUGCCCCUUCAGCGACCAGCACAGCACCUGCCCAAGGGUUCUGUGCCCAGACAGCUGUAAGAAUCAGCCUUCGUACUGGUCUCCAGUGAUCGGCACUGGCGUCUACGCUGACAGCUCUAGCAUCUGCCGGGCCGCUCUCCACGCCGGCGUGAUCAAAGCUUCAGGAGGAUAUCUGGACAUCUUGGCUAUGGAUAAGAAGAACAGCUACACGGGCAGCCUGAAGAACGGCGUUCAGUCUGAAAGUAAAUCCCAGUCACAAGGUGGGUCCUUCCGCGUCUUCACGGUUCGAGAGUGAUGCGCCCGUACACACAGGGUCUCCCGUCCACUUCUCCAGGGACACACAGUCUUCUCAUCAGGACAAAAACUCAUUCGUCUACCGACUUCAUCUGGAAUUGUCUCUCUUGAGUGAGAGCGAAGGGACCCACGUGACCAGCGGACCUCCCUUCCUCGUCAUUUUCCAUCCGGAUCAUUCCCAAUAUCUUCUUACUCUUUCAUUUUUAUACCCUUUACACGUUUGUGGCUGAAAGGACGAUGUUUACCAGCAGUGCUGGUUUUAUAUAUUCAGUCAUUUUAUGAUCUUUUACGAAAGAAUAUAAAUAUAUUGAUCACACUGUAUUUAAUCGUCGUUUUUGUUUUGUACAGCUUUUCUUUGGGAUUUUUCUCUGGGCUGCACUUUCCCACCUCUAGCUUGUCUUCUGGCAUUGUUUUUUGAAUUGAAUUGAAUUUUUUUUAGCCCGCUCAGUCUAUAUAGUGCGGGGUGGCAGGCGAGCAGGCAUCGGCGCUCGGCGUCUGUGGGAAUAGCACAUCACCGUGAGCUUUGUUCUCCUGGCCAGAGGAACCUUCGUGAACUCUGGGGGGGAGGACGGGUUCUCUGUGGAGGAACGGGAAAGGAAGGAGGCAAAAAGGCAACACUCCAAAGAAAAGAAACUUUUCCUGGAGGAUUGUGUUAAAGCUUUCCAGAAUCAAUAACAUGUUAAAGUUUGACCCAGAGUGCAAAAACAAUGAAGUGGCCUUCGAGAAGUCCGAGGAGCCAGCCAGAUUUCUGCCUUGGUAGCAUCCCAGCUAACAGAGACGUGUCAGUAGGUGUUGUUUCAUUUCCUAUAACAGCAGCUCUGACUGAAUGCGCUCGUUGUAAUAUUCGAAUAUCGUUUCUAUAGUAACAGCUCGAUCACAGGGACUUGUACUGAGGACAGAGGUUAAUAAUAAACUGCGAACAAUAAUAAGCCAUCAUCACUGAUUAUUUUCCCAUAACAGCAGGCCCUAAAGUGUUUAAUUCCUUAUGUAACAUUGAGAAAUGUAUCCUAAAAGUCCUCAAAAGGUUCAGCGGUAAAGAUUAAAAAAAAAAAAAUUUUGAAUAUGUAUUUAUUAUUAUGGUUACUCACACACACACACACCGUUGCAAUGUUUGUGAGACGUUUGUGUUAGCAUUGCUACAACUGAAAAUUGGUGCAUUGUCUUCAUUGGAAUGCUUAAAUGUUUAAGAUUUUAUUUAUUAUUCCCUUUUUAAGGUUGCUUUUGCGUCUGGCGGCGAAGGUUAACGUAAACAGCAUUAAAAACCGUUCUGUCUGGUCAAAGACGUCUAAAACCUCGCACUUCACUCGCGCAGUGAAUUUGAUGAAGCUGUUGGAUAGCUACGCGCCGAAGCAAAACGGAAAUAAGCCUAAUCAAUCCGGUUUGCGAUCAAAUACCGGCUUUCAAAAUGUCCCUAAAAUGAUGUUUUCCCAGACUUCCACAUAUCUCUGGAUUUUGCCACAAUCCAAAUUUAAGCUUAAGGUUUAGUGUGUGUGUAAAAGUAGAUAUUUUCUCUCCAUCUGCCUUACUUUCUGUUUUUCUCGCUGUCUCCAUGUCUUCAUGUGCUACCUCAAUCUUUUGCUACAGCUGAAGUGUUAUAUGGCGUUUAAAGUAAUUUUGGGGGAAAAUUCUUUGUACAGAUUUUAAAAUUGUGUAAAUAUUUUUGAUUUAUGACUGUUUAAAAAAAAACAAACAAACAAACAAAAAAAAAAACCCAAAAUAAUUGUGGAUGUGAAGGUAUGUUUUCUAUGAAAGUCUGUUUUUGUGCUUUUGUAUCUUUUUAUUAUUACAUUGUUUUUAAAAAUGCCAAAAAAACAAAACAAAACAAAAAAAAACAGUGGCAAAUCGAUAUUUCUUUCCGCAUAACCUUUAUUUUUUAAUGAAGAGCAGCAGAGUCUUGGACGUGAUUCGUUCCUGAAGCGACUCCAAGGUUUGGGUGCUGAACUCCAGUGAUUUUUAAUUUUUUCUCACUUGGCAUCUGCCACAGGUAGUGAAAGCUAUUUUUGCACAAAAAGAAACUGAAAAUAAAGUGAUAUACCUUG